UCUGUCUAGCACAACUCGCAAGCGAAAACCACGAGGUGCGCCGUAUGUAAGUUCUCUCUACAUUUUGCUUACAUUUGCCUUACUUUUCCGCAAAGUCAGGCUGUGCAGCUUCGUUUUUCAUCAAAAUUUGGCGUUAAAACCGUCGAAGUCGUCCGUCGGCAUGGAAGCCGACGUCGUCCAGGGCCAAUUCGACGACGCCGACAGCGCGGACGAAGCCGCCGAGCGCCUCAGAUCCCUCACUUGCCAAGCUCGCCUCGGCGGAGCCGAGCAGAAGACGAGCAAGAGCAGCGACGACUUGGACGAAGAAGGCACCAACGACGACGAUGACGACGACAUGUUCGACGAUUGGGACGACGACGAGUGCCGGUCGCUGCAGCACCCGGGCGGCAGUCACCCAAACGCCCAGGGCUCGAGCCUGUCCAAGUACCAGAACCAGUCGAAGCUGCUCUCCGGCAGGUACGGCAGCAAGAUUAACCUGGAGCCGUACGGCGGGCCCCGCGUGCCGAGUGGCGCUGCCAACGUGCUGCACGAGGCGAACCGCAGGCAAGACUCGGACCGGGUCCGGCUGCGGGACAAGGGCGAGCGCGCCACGGCCGAACAGGUGCUGGACCGCAACACCCGCAUCAUCCUGUUCAAGCUGCUCAACAAGGGCGUGGUGGGGCAGAUCAACGGCUGCGUGAGCACGGGCAAGGAGGCCAACGUGUACCACGCGACGGCGGCUGAUGGCACGGACCGGGCCAUCAAGGUCUACAAGACCUCCAUCCUCGUCUUCAAGGACAGAGAUCGCUACGUCACGGGAGAGUUCCGGUUCCGCAAUGGCUAUUGUAGCAGCAACCCCCGCAAGAUGGUGCGUACCUGGGCCGAGAAGGAGAUGCGCAACCUGUCGCGCAUCUACGCUGCGGGACUUCCCUGCCCGAAGCCCGUGGUCCUUCGGAGCCACGUCCUGGUGAUGAACUUUGUGGGCAAAGACGGCUGGCCCGCACCGAAGCUCAAGGACGUCCCGAUGAGCGCCUCCAAGAGCCGGGAGCUUUACCUGGACUGCGUGGUGAUGAUGCGCAGGCUGUUCCACGAUUGCCGCCUCGUCCACGCCGACCUGAGCGAGUACAACCUGCUCUACCAUGAGGGCAAGGUUGUCCUCAUUGAUGUGUCCCAAUCCGUGGAGCACGACCACCCCAACGCGCUGGAGUUCCUCCGCAAGGACUGCACCAACAUCACGGACUUCUUCGGCAGGAAGGAUGUGCGAACCAUGAGCGUGCGGCAGCUCUUCGACUUUGUUACGGAUCCGACCGUCAACGAGGGCAAUAUGGACGCGUAUUUGGAGCGAGCCAGCGAGGAGGCGGGGCUUCGGGAAUCUGGAGGGAUGGACGUGGUGGAGGAGGAGGUCUUUAAGAGGGCCUUCAUCCCACAGAGGUUGGACCAGGUGGUUGACUUUGAGAAGGACGUGGCCAGGGUGCAGGGGCAUAAGGAGGAAGUGCUGUACCACACAGUCACGGGCAUGAAGUCGGAUCUGUCUGGUCCGGCCGAGAAGCCGUCGCUCCUGGAGGGUUCUGAAAGUUCCGAAGGUUCCCAAGAUGAAGGGAGCAGUUGCGAGGAGGCAGACGACGAUGAAACGGACGAGAAGACGUCCAAGUUUGCAAAUGCUGCGAGGCCCAAAGGCGAGACGGCCGACGAGAGGAAGGAAAGGAAGAAGGCCGUGAAAGAUGCCAAGAAGGAGAAGAGGCAAACGAAGUUGCCGAAGCACGUCAAAAAGCGGAAAGAGAAGCAGGGAAAGGCACGCAAGAAAUAAGUUCCCGGCUCUCUCCGUGAGUGUCAUGACACUGUGACUGGGAUUGCAACCAGCAGGUUUUAGAGUUUGUGCUGGGCAACUGUCUUGGAUGCCUAACAGCAAGUGCAGUGCUUUAGGAGCACUGUUUACCUGCUGCUACAGUUUUCGCAUUAUUUUUAUCUUUGUUUGCGCAUAUAUAUAUGUGUGGCCGGUGAACAUCUUGUAACUGUCACUCGCUACUUCAGCACCAUCGUCUUUUCCGAAAUCUCGCAUAGUUCUAAAAACCUGUCCUCAUCCUAUGUUUUGUAGGUCUAGCGGAGAUGUUAGGCCUGACCACUCUGUUUAGAGUAAUCCCAGAGUUUGUGCCCGAGUUCCCCGAGAUUGGUUUCUUUUAGAGCGCAACUCUUGGGCGCCUGUCAGCGUAAUCGCCCCGCUUAAUUUAGCGGGAAAUUCAGUCGGUGUUAAGGUCACGUUACGUCGAUUUUCCUGCUAAAUCUAGCGGAAAAGGUUCAUGGGUGACAUGACAUGAAGUCAUGUGACGUCAUAUCCCCCAAAUGUUUAGCAGGGAAACUGAAUUGGUGUCGAGGGUAUGUGACGUCAUUUCCCACGCUAAAUUUAGCAGGGAAACUGAAUUGUUGUUGAGGUGAUGUGACUUCUAUUUUCCCGCGAAAUCUAGCGGAGAAAUUGAUUUUGUUCGUGGGUGACGUGACGCAAUGUCAUAUGACGUCAUUUUCCCUGCUAAAUUUAGUGGGGAAACUGAAUUGGUGAUGAGGUCAUGUGACAUUAUUUUCCCCACUAAAUUUAGUGGGGAAACUGAAUUGGUGUUGAUGUCGGGAGGGGAGGAGAGGAGGGUACAGAAGAAAAGGAAGGGCAUACCCUCACCUCUGUAUCCUCCCCUCCUCCUCAAGAGCUGAGCUCUAAUUUCGCAUUACAGAGAUUUGUAAAAAAUUUUUUUUCUGCCACUUAGUUUUGGGGUGUAAAUCAAAGUUCGGAAUGUUUCUGACAAGAUUCAAUCCAUUUGGGACAAUCCUCGUGCUUUGAAAGAUGUUCCCUCGGUAUAUAUCUUAAAGGGCCCUUGAAAAGAAAAAAACAAAAAUUUCUUAAACAAUUUGUUUUUUUUUUGUUUAAUUAUUUUUUUCUUGA